GCAGUUCUGCUUUUGGAGUUUUCACAUAUAGACGUUAAACGAAUUACUCGACUUUUCAUCCACCCGGUUUUGUACAAUAUGUUGAAGUUGUGUAAUGUCGCUAUUGCUCUGCUGGGGCUUGUCCUAGCUGUUGAAGGAUUAGCAGGGGUACCGGAUUCCCGGUGUAAUAAUCUGCCGGGCGGCACAGGGAACGUGAUGGCCGACGGCAAGAUGUGCAGACAGUAUCUAUCUUGCUGGGACUACCUCAUCACCGGCCCAAUGAACUGCGCUGGUGGCUCCAUCUUCAAUUCAUCAACCGGCGAUUGUGAUGCAACAGAAUGCAUCGAAGCGAGAACAGGAUUUGUGGACGGGUGUGCCUUCGAGGGUGCUCUGCCAGAAGACUGCAGCCGGUACGUCGUCUGUGUUAACGAUCUGGAAAUGCAGUUCCAAUGCGGCGAGGGAACCUACUACAGCAACGAACUGCUCGUGUGCGUCAAUCCCAUGGAAUAUCCGGACAUUCCGCAAAAACAGAACUGUAACUACAUUAACUAAUAACUACACCAGUUGCAUCUACAACAGAUGCAACAGCUACAUCUACAACAGAUGCAACAGCUACAUCUGCAACAGCUACAUCUGCAACAAAUACAUCAGAUAUAACUUCAGCGCUUGCAACUAUUCCGCCGUUGACAGCUAAUCAAUAUAUCAUGGGAAAACAAUGUUAUUCAGAGAAAUAUAAAAUAAGAAAUGUUUCGCAAAAUGGCUCAGAAUAAAUGUUUACAAAAGUAAAAAAAAAACAGUGCAAGAGGACAAAUAAAGACUAAAAGCAGUA